AUGGACGACAAACUAUAAGAAUUGUUCCAAAAAACCUUGAUAGAAAAUACAAAUGUGAAUAUCUAGAAGAUUGUACAAGGAUAAGCUAGAGUGAUACAAUAAAAUGCUCAACCACUAAGUUAAAAAAAUGAGGCUAUUUCAAUAAAAGAUGUUUAGAAGAAGUUGGAAGCAAUCGAAAAGAAUUUAAUGAUCUAGGAUUCAGCCAGGAAGAGAAGAACAUCUCGUUAUCAUUCUAAACGAAGUAGCAUUAAAAUUAAUACCUAAAAUGGAUCAAAUUCACCUUCUCCAUAUUAAUUGGAUAUUGAAGAUGCAAAGGAUUAUGAAGCUGAUAUUUUAAGAAAAGAGAAUCAGCGAUUAAAAGAACGUUUAGAGUAGCUGAGAUCAUAUAAUGACGACGAUAACUCAGAUGAUUUAAAUAGGGAAAGAGAGAAUCUCUAAAAAAUGAAGUUGGAAUUUCAAAGUAAGGAUGAGGAAUUCAAAAUUCUACACAAUAAAUUAGAUCUCUUAGAAAUUGAUUUAAAUAAAAAACACUCUCAAUUAUUAUUACAAUCUAAAAAAUUGGAAGUUUAAUAAUAGACUCUGCAAAAGAAUGAAGAAUUAAUUAAAGAAAAGAGAGAUUGCAUCGAUGCAUUACAAUAACAAAUCAAUUUAAAUAUAUCAUAAGUGAUUUCCCUUAAUAAUAAUGAACUAAAACAAAAAUUACCUUAAAAACUUGGAGUGUAAUUGGAUGUUGUUGAAUAGCUUAUAUUAUCAACUUUUAAAGAAAGACAAGUUGCAUAAUAAGAAUACUUAUGUUUGAGAUAAUUGAAGAAUGUGAUUAAAGACCAAUAAAAAGAAUAUUUAAAGAAGAUCUAAAUCUGA